AUGCUUCAGGUCUUGACUCCAAAUCCUUCUGUUCCUCUAUCAUCCCAACAAGCAGCAACAACAACAAUUGCAACAUCUAUUGAAAAUCAACAAUUAAUAGAAGAUCAAAACGAAGACGACGACGAAUAUUAUAGUGAAAUGGCUGCAUUCAAUCGACAACAACAAGGAAAUUGUAGUGAAACACAAUCGAUUGGCGGUGGAAAUUUUACUGAUGAUGAAUCAAAUUAUUCGGAUAAAAUACGUACGAAUUUAAUUAUUAAUUAUUUACCACAAACAAUGACACAAGAUGAAAUCAAAGAUUUAUUCGGUUCAAUUGGUGCUAUUGAAUCAUGUAAACUUGUACGAGAUAAAACAACAGGUCAAAGUCUUGGUUAUGGUUUUGUUAAUUUUAUUCGUACAGAAGAUGCUGAAAAAGCUGUUACAACUAUGAAUGGUCUUCGAUUACAAAAUAAAACAAUUAAAGUUUCUUUUGCUCGUCCCUCUUCGGAGUCAAUCAAAUUUUCCAAUCUUUACAUUUCAAAUCUCCCACGUUCGAUGACUCAGCAGGAGCUCGAGAGUUUAUUUGCUGAUUUUGGUUGUAUUAUUUCGUCGAAAAUUCUUUGCAACCCUAAAGCAGGUGCAUCAAAAAGUGUUGGAUUUAUUCGUUUUGAUCAACGUUCAGAAGCUGAAGUGGCUAUUAAUAAACUUAAUGGUACUAUUCCAAAAGUAGCAAGUUUAUUAACAUAUGUAUACAAUAUUUCAAUUGUAGGUUUUACUGAUCCAAUAACUGUUAAAUUUGCUAAUACGCCAAAUGCUGCUAAAUCGAUGAUUGGUUUACCAUUAGCACCAUCCUAUUUAUCGGGUAUUCCGACACCACAACAACCUGUACUUGCUACAGUACCACCUAUUCGUCAACAAUUGAAUAGGUACAGAGAAACACAUGAACGAUCAAAAUAUCGAUAUUCACCAUUAUCACCCGCUGAUUUUUUUGCUGCUGCUGCUACAGCUUCUUAUUUACCUGCAGCGGCUGCUGCUGCUGCUGCAGCAUCAGCUACAACAUUAACACCAUCAACUGAUAUUACAUCUGUUGGUUGGUGUAUAUUUGUUUAUAAUUUGGCACCUGAAACAGAAGAAAAUAUUUUAUGGCAAUUAUUUGGACCAUUUGGUGCUGUACAAAAUGUUAAAAUAAUACGCGAUUUUCAAACACAAAAAUGUAAAGGUUUUGGUUUUGUAACAAUGACAAAUUAUGAUGAAGCAUUAAUGGCUAUUAAUUCACUUAAUGGUUUUACACUUGGUAAUCGUGUAUUACAAGUAUCAUUUAAAACAAAUAAACCAAUGCCUAUUCGCGCUUUCUAG